GAGAGAGAGAGAGAGAGAGAGAGAGAGAGAGAGAGAGAGAGAGAGAGAGAGAGAGAGAGAGGUAGGUAGUGUGUAAACAGCUACACGGAAUGGAGAUGGAGGUGUUGGGUGGAGGUGACUCCAAGCAGAGCCUGGCCCCUGGCAAGAUGAUGAAGGCGGCCUUGAUUGUGUCUGUGUGCCUCUGUCUCGCCCUGCUCAUCGCCGUCAUUGCUGUCUCACAGAAAACAAGCGGUGAGGAGCUCUGCCUAACAGCGGAGUGCAUCGAAGCAGCGGGCUCGAUCCUGAAGAAAAUGGACCCAGCCAUCCCUCCCUGUGAGGACUUUUACCAGUACGCAUGCGGAGGCUGGCUCCGAGACCACCCCAUUCCGGAAGAUUCCUCCAGCUACGGGAUCUACCCGUGGCUACGACGGAACGUGGACCUCAAGCUCAAAGAGCUUUUGGAGCAGGCUGAUGUGGAUACAGACUUGGAGGCCGUGCAGAAGGCCAAGGUUCUCUACCGUUCCUGCAUGAAUGAGCCUGCUCUGGAACUGCUGGACGCCAAACCCCUACAGAUGGAGCUGAGGAAGAGGGAGCUCCGCUGGCCAGUGCUCGGGGACGCACUGGGCGGGGACGCUCGGUGGGACGCGCGCAACUUUGACCUGCUUGAGACGCUGGCUCAGAUCCGCACGCAGCACAGCAAGUCCGUCCUGCUGCGCCUCUAUGUCUCAGCCGACGACAAGAACUCAAAGCAGUACAUCAUCAAGCUGGAUCAGGCGUCCUUGGUCUUGUCCAGAGAGGAUUACAUCACCAAUACCAUCGAGGCACAGAAAAAUCGAGAGGCCCUACUGAGGCUCAUGGUGGAUUUGUCUGUCAUGCUGGGAGCCAACGAACAGGAUGCAGAGUCACAGAUGAAGGCGGUGCUUGACUUUGAGAUACAACUUUCCCAGAUAGUGAUCCCUUUUGAAAAUCGCACCAGUGAAAAUAUGUAUAACAAAUACACCUUGUCCAAACUGCAGCGUGCAGUCCCAGAGUUUAACUGGCUCCGUUUCGUGAAAGCUGCAGUCGACUUUAAGCUGUAUCCAGACUUAUCCAUCUCCUUCUCAGAGCCAGUGAUAGUGCGUGCCCCUCAGUACAUGAAGGAACUCUUUAAGCUCCUCAAUGCUACCGAGAUCAGGACAGUGGCCAACUAUGCCGUGUGGAGGUCAGUGCUCUCCAGAGUCACUACCCUCAGCAGACGUUUUCUCUUCCGAUACUUGGACUUUGCUCGAAUUACUACGGGAACAACCUCUCUAAGACCCCGCUGGGACAAGUGUGUGAAUUAUGUGGAGAGCACAUUGAUGUAUGUCACUGGACGCCUCUUUGUAAACAAGCACUUUCAGGAAGACAAGAAACACAUGAUGGAGGAGCUGACUGAGGGCAUCCGCUGGGCCUUCAUCGACAUGCUGAAGAAGGAGAACGAUUGGAUGGACGCACAAACGAAGAAAAGAGCCAUAGAGAAGGCCCAUGCGGUCCUAGCUAAAGUGGGCUACCCAGAAUUCAUCUUCAACGACACCUACAUCAACGAAGAACUUAAACGGCUGUCGUUCUCGGAGAAGGAUUACUUUGGGAAUGUGAUGCAGACGCUGCGCUUCAUCGCGCAGGAGGACAUCGGCUGGCUCAGGAAGACUGUUCCUCGCACGGAGUGGUUCACCAACCCCACAACCGUCAACGCCUUCUACAGCUCCUCCACCAAUCAGAUUAGGUUCCCAGCAGGUGAACUUCAGAAGCCGUUUUUCUGGGGACUAAGUUACCCUCGAUCAUUAAGUUAUGGAGCAAUUGGUAUCAUUGUUGGGCAUGAGCUAACGCAUGGCUUUGACAAUAAUGGUCGCAAAUACGAUAAAGACGGCAAUCUUGAGCAGUGGUGGAGCAACACGUCAAUCGCUAGCUUCAAUGAGAAGACACAAUGCAUGAUCAGCCAGUACAACAGCUACCACUGGAAAGAGGCGGGACUAAAUGUCAAGGGAAAGAGGACUCUGGCAGAGAACAUAGCUGACAACGGAGGAAUGAGAGAAGCUUUUCGGGCCUACAGAAGAUGGGUGGAGAAGGAGAGGUCUGGGGUGGAGGAGCCGCUGUUACCGGGACUAGGCCUGACCAACAAUCAGCUCUUCUUCCUCAGUUAUGCUCACGUGCGCUGUAAUUCCUACAGGCCUGAGGCAGCAAGAGAUCAGAUCCUGAGUGGAGCCCACAGUCCUCCGAAGUACAGGGUUGUUGGGGCGAUGAGCAACUUCGAGGAGUUCAGGAAAGCCUUCAACUGCCCCGAGACAUCGGCCAUGAACAGGGGAACGGGCUCCUGCCGGGUGUGGUAGUGGCAAACAGACAGACAGAGGUCUGAUUUUACAAACGAGGUCCAGAUCUCACGUUCUCCCUCCCUCACCACGUCAGGCUGGAGGGGGCAUCGGGGUGGGGCGCUUCAACCGGACCAUCUCACCUUGUCUCCUCCCACUGGAACUCUGAUCAUAAACACUCCCAUAUUCAGCUCACACACCUGUGCCAUCACCACCAGCUCACUGUUCGUUUCCUGUCCACCACAGCCUGAUCGCUGGUGUUUGGACUUCACUCCAAACGCCACGGUCAGCGUUCCAGCUUUACGAGUCGCUGCUGGUGGAACUUUGCACGGAUCUGUAGUCAGCAGUGUAAACGAUGAUCGUCUGUGAGAAUAUGAACCCGCCACACACCCGAGCUCUGAGAGCACCAGCAGUCAACGCUGCUCAUUGUGAAGUAAAAGUGUUGAAAAUGGUGCUCCUUCAGCAGAAGGCCA